AUACAUACAUACACACUCACAAACCUUUAGAAACUUUUUUGGAGAAAAUAUUUUGUGAAAAACAUUUUGUCACAUUUCACAAAUAUCUUUUCACAAUUUAAGGCGUGAAAGUAAAAAGUAAAGUACUUCUACAGUACUUUCUACAGUAACAAAGUAUUUGUACUUCUUUACUUUCCAUCUCUGCUCACAUACAUUUGCCCACAUGCACGCUGUUAUUUAAGUAUUUGGUGAGAUAUGCUUUUUAACACCCUGAACAUAGGACUACCCACACACAUCUUUAGUCAAUUAAAUUAGAUGCCGUGUGCUGUUAAACCAGAGAACAUAUUUGAGGACGGAAAUGGUGUGCUUUCAAAAACAACGUUUUUCUGUUACUCAUGCGGUCCCAUUAAAGUGAUGAAGCUUUUCUGAAGUAAUUUUCUUCGUCCACAGAAACCGAUGUGAGAAGCAAAUGCAGACUCAUGUGAUAAGUAUUCAGGGUCAGAAAACAAUGUCGGCCAUGAGUCAAGCGAAACAACUCAUGCGUCCAGUCAGAAGACAGCAGUAACUAAUUCCCCCAAAGUAAUGCGUAGGGCAAAAUAUGAAUAGCCGGUUUUGUUUUAGCUGGACUACAAUGCUGUUUGUGUUGGCAAAGCACCCAUGAUUGUCCCCGUCUCUUUCUGAAAUGAGACACAACGUUCAAAGAAGAUUUGGCAGAUACCGGAUUUGUUGGGAAUUAAGAGAUUAAACAUCAUACAAGGGCCCACUCAAAAUAAAUGAAGCUAUUGACAAAGUUUACGCGGUGCACGUGUCUGCACUGAAACCUGUGGAUUCUUUCAGCAGCAGAGCAGACUCUCAAAACCUUGGCUCGAGCUCUUCUUUCUCUUCCUGAAUCCAACGGAAUUUUGGAAACCAGAGCGCGCACCGGCUAUUCUUCUAGUCUGUCAAAAACUCGUUAUGAAUUAUUUCCGCGGUCGACAACGUGUGUGACAGACAGGCGUGCGCGAUAACAAUUUGAUAAGUAAUCUAUGGAUUAUUAAUUUAAAGUGGCAUGUGACAUUAGUGCUAUUUGGGAUUUUAGUUUUACAAAGAACUAGGUGGUAGACUCCAUUAAACCACAAAAUGUUAAAUAGCAAGUUACAUCAAAAUUAGAUUAAUUUACAAGCAUUGUACUCCCAAUCAUCUGCAGUGAUGCCAAGCUUUAAUCUAUCAAAUUAGUCUCAACAUCCCUGUUUUCAGACAGUUCUUCUUUAGUUAGAUUAAGAUUCAUACAACAGAGUAUAGCUCUGCUGUGUAUUGCCCCCCUUGCCUGAUUCAAUCAGCCAAUCAUGGAGAAGACCUCCAGACACAUACAGUUUCUCCUUGAGGGUUUUAGGGUGAAGGUUUGAUUUGAUGUUGGGGUGUCCAGACAGGACUAGGGUUGUAAUCAGGUUGUAAUCUUGGAGACUGGAGGCAGGCAGACUGACACAGCGGGUUGUGACGAGCUGGUGAGUGCCGUGAGUCUGGGGAAGAUCUGUUCAAACUAACCUGUUUAGCAGGUCUGAACAACCUGACAGUUGUCGUAAGUGUGUGGGUGUCUGUGUGUGUUUGUAUGAGUGUGUGUGUGUGUGUGUGUGCCUGUUUUACAUCUUGACUACGACUUCAGGGCAGACGUUGACAGAAACCUGACCUAAGAUCUGGAGAGUGAGACGAGGCCAGGAUGAUGGAGAGAGAUGAUUCACCCCCUCUGACUGACCACACAGUCAUUGUCUGAAGAAACAUGGAGAUUACUCUGGACUGAUCAGCGAGGACGCGCAGCACAGGAACCCCGUAGAGGAGCGAGCAGCUCCCCAAAACACAGCCCAGCAACAUGGGGACAAGCAUGUCGUGCGUUCCCCAGCACAACUUCAGAUUCUCCAGCAAGAGUUUCAUUCGCAGGAACAGCAGUCGUCUGUUCCGGAAGAAGAACCCUCAGGAAGGUCAGGAGAAGUCCAACAGCAUCAUCAACAUCCUCUGCACCGUCACCCCACGCAAGGAUAUGUCUCAUAAAGACCUGCAGGCCAUCGACAGCAUGAAGUGGGACCCGCCGUUCCCGUAUGACCCGGCCAGCGGCUGGAAGAAGAGCAGCGUGAACGUGAAGAACUACGGCAGGAUGGUGCACAGCUCCAGGGUCCGCUUCCGCUUCCUGCACUGCCAGGAUGUGCAUGACUGCUACCUGGAUCUCUUCCAGACACACCUUCACUUCGUCUCAAACAACACAACUGGACUCACGUAUCAGGGAACUCUUCCUCUGAAGGAGCUCAGUAUCUGCAAACACAGCCAAACGCCCCAGGAGUACUCCUUCCAGGUCAACGGUGUCAGUCUGAACCCCAUCAUCGUCUUCUGUGCCAACCAGGAAGAGAUGGACAUGUGGUUUGAGCUGCUCAGGGAACAGAUUGAGGCCAACGGAGGGACUGCCAUCGCAGCUGAGACCUACACCAGGGUCAAGAACCCGGAGGUGAGCCAGGAGAACCGAGAGGACCUAAGGAACUCCAUCAGCAGGGAGCCCAUCUACGAGUGGGAGGGUUCCCAGAGAGAGAGCCUGGGCACCAUUACCUACGUCACCAAGGUCCGCCUGCAGCACCUGCCCUGCCAGGAACAGGGCGUCAGGCUGCUGGUGAUGUACCCCGCAACGCUCAUCAUCCUGUCUGAGGAGAGCGAUGGACUCUUCUACAAGGGUAAACUUCCACUCAACAUGAUCACAGUGACCACUCCCUGUCAGGAUGUGAAGCCCAACACCUUCAUGAUUGAGGGGAAGCUUAUUAACCCCAUCGUGGUGUCCUGCCGGUCGCAGGCCGAGUUCUGUGACUGGAUCCAGCACUUUAAAGCUGCUGACGUCCCUGUACUCAGCCCGCCGCCCCCCGUCUACGACAUCAUCUACACGCCCACGCAUACUAGAGAAGUUCCGGAGUUCGACAGGUGGAGCGGGAGCAGUCUGCGGAGGCGUGGCGGAUCUCUGAGUCUCAGCCAAUCACAGAGCGUACGCGGCUCCCACCACCUUCAGUUUCCGAGACCGGAGGACGACCCCCUCUCCCCCGGCUACACCCAGCCGCUACGCUACAGCUCUAGCCGCCCCUCCUCCACUGAGACGUCUCAGCUCGGCAGCCGAAGCAACAGUGUGUCCUCUCACGCCAGGCCCGAACGCGACCUCCGACCUCUGUCGCUACGCUACUCCUCCGCCCAGCGAGGUGCCCACCUCCCCCCCCCAGGGUCGUCCCCCGUAUACAACACCCCCUUCCUGCACGGCCAGCACCACGCCAACCCCCCUCGGAUGGACAAGGCCCCUCUGGUGAAGUCCAACAGCUGGAGCACAGCGCACACGUCCCUGCAGUUCUCUGGGGCCCCCCCCCAGCGUCACUCCGGCCUGUGCCCCCCCCAGCAGCCCCUUUCGCCCCUGUACGACGAGCCCUGCACCCCCGACAUCUACGCCCUGGAGGAGCAGAGCUCCAGACCUGCGCAGCAGCAGCAGCAGGACUGGCUGGCCUCACAGCAGCACACCCCCCAGCUGCUACCCUCCAGCUUCCAGCUACGCACCCCUCCCUUGGGCAGACGCUACCGUGGGAGCCUGGCCCUGCCUCAAGACCAGGGCCAGGGCCAGAGCCAGGGUCAGAGACUGGACCAGAGGCUGGGCCAGAACCAAGACCAGGGCCAAGGUCAGAGGCUGGGCCUGGGUCAGAGGCUGGGCCAGAGCCAGGGUCAGAGGCUGGGCCAGGGCCAGAGCCAGGGUCAGAGGCUGGGCCAGGGUCAGAGGCUGGGCCAGGGGCUAGGGGUGGAGGCUCUGUACAGCCAGGUGAACCAGCGGGCUGAGGCAGUAUCCAGGCUGAAGCUGCUGCCUGCCCCCAACACAGCCGCUCAAGAGCAGAGACUCUUCCCAUCCUCCACCAACAACCUACAGUACGCUUACUCACCAGAUCAUCUCUCCUACCUUGAACCCAGAGAACCAGAUGACCAGGAAAUGGACUAUGACAACAUUUGGGAGUACGACUAUAAUACCGGGAUGAUUCAACCCAUGUCUGGAAUUUUGACACACCGGACGGGAUUAGAUUCCGGGGCCAGAGGCAUGAGUGCCGUGGCAACGCAUCAGAGAUGGUCGUAAAAUCGGAACAAUAGCUCCGUCACCCGUCUGGACGCGUAUAAACAACAGAUCGGUAUCGCUGCCCCUCGCAGAACCAACUGUCAAAACCCCUCUCGCUUCCUGCGCUGCGACGAACGAUGAGCCCGCUGCAAUAGUUUUACGCGUUAGAAGAACGUUGUUGUGAACGGCGAUGCGUUACCGAGGCAACGCCGUGUUUACUGUGUACGUGUUGAUAUGAGGCAAUGGAAGCAGUAAUACUAUGACGUUAAACACACUGGUAGGAUACGACCACUCGCCUGUUAGAUGUAGCAUUGAAGAUUAAAGUUUAACAUUUUAGUUUCUAUACGUGAAAGCUUGAAAAUGUACAUAUUUUUAUACUUUUUUGCAUUAAGAUCUUAAUCAGUUACGGCUUUUAGCUCAAUUGUAACGUUUGUAUUAUUUAUGGUCUAUUUCCCGCAGAAAGCCAUCCUGUUUACAUGUUUUGUUAUUUUACUUAUUUAAUUAAUAUAAUAUGGUAUGACAGCUUUUCUGUGUAAGCAUUCCAUCAAGCAAUUUUAAGUAGCCUACAGUUAUUUAUUUUACCGAAAGAUUACACUGCAAAGUUUGGUAGCUUGAAUGGACGUCCUGGUUGUGCUAUAAUGUAGAUAUUUGUAUCUAUUAAGACAUUGCGUAUGGCUAUUUUCAGUAAUGUUGUGUGAGGUGUUUAUUUAUAUUUGGAAAUAAAAACAUUAUAAUAUUG